CAAAGUUCAAGUAUAUAAACUUGACACAUGAUGUACCUAAUUAAUUGAUAUCUCCUAUAAUCAAGUUAUAUCUCUUUUCAUUCUCAUCAUGGAAAAGUUUCUUCUUCUUUCUCUUCUGUUUUCUAUGGCAAUUAUCACAUGUUCAGCCACUACCUACACUGUGGGAGAUAACUCCGGCUGGGACAUUAGCAGCAACCUGGAAACUUGGGUUGCUGACAAGACGUUCAAGAUAGGCGACGCUCUUCUUUUUCAAUAUUCAUCUACGUAUAGCGUUGAUGAAGUUACAAAACAAAAUUUUGACACAUGCAACACAACGAAAGUAUUGGCAAAUUAUGGAAAUGGAAAUACGACGGUGCCAUUGACAAGAGGCGGAGACAGGUAUUUUGUAUGUGGAAACAAAUUGUUUUGUCUUGGUGGAAUGAAACUUCAUGUUCAUGUAGACGAUGAUGGACAAUCGAUUUCGCCAGCUUUGGCGCCUAAAGCUGUAGCUGGAUCAGAUCAAAGGACAGGUACACUUCCAGAGUCUCCUUCUGCAAAGAAGAGUACACCGUUUUCAAAUGGAGUUGCAAAUUGUGCGGAUAUUGUUUAUAUUGCUAUUGCGACAAUUUUUUAUGGGAUGCUGCAGAUUUGAGGAUCUAAGAAUGGUUACAGGGACGGUUAUAAGUUCAUGUUUUGAGUAUGAGUAUAUUCGUUUGUGAUGUUAAUUAAAAAAAAUGAUAGUUUUGCUUGGUUUGUAAAACUCAUGAAGCUUACAUUGUACAUGAUUUGUUGAACGAC